AUGAAUAUACAACGAAUACUGCCUAGAGUUUAUGGAAUUUUAACUAAUUUUAAUACCUGCGCCCCUUUGACUAAUACGAGUACAAUUCGGUUUCAACAUGAUAAAAGCAGCAUUAAUGAACACAGAGCAAAGGUCAUGGCGAAGGGGUUGCCCGAAAAGAAACCAUUACCAGGAGUGAAGAGUAUAGUUCUUGUAGCUUCUGGGAAGGGCGGGGUUGGAAAAACCACUACAGCAGUGAAUCUUGCAUGUGCUAUGAAAGUGAUAGAGCCAGAUAAGGAGAUAGGGUUGUUAGAUGCUGAUGUGUUUGGACCAUCAGUACCCCUCAUGAUGAAUAUAAGUGGAGAACCAAUGCUCAAUGACGACAAUCUUAUAGAACCUCUCCUGAACUAUGGUGUUAAAUGUAUGUCCAUGGGUUUGUUAGUAUCUGGUGAGAAUGCUGUGGUAUGGCGUGGGCUGAUGGUCAUGCAGGCGUUAGAAAGACUGACAAGGCAUGUUGCUUGGGGUCCCCUUGACUGCCUCGUUGUGGACACACCACCUGGCACGGGUGACACGCACUUGUCACUAGCACAGAACCUGCCUAUUGAUGGAGCAAUAGUUGUAACAACACCUCAGUCAGCUGCACUUCAAGUAACAAAACGUGGUCUUAACAUGUUCGAUAAGCUGAAAGUACCCAUAAUUGGUCUUGUGGAGAACAUGUCACACGCGGUAUGUAAAAACUGCGGGACAAGGAACUAUAUUUUUGGAAAUGAAACAAAACAAAUGGCUGAACAGAUGCAACUAGAGAUGAUUGAAAGUUUUGAAGUCGAUCCAGAUAUGUCUGAGUGUAUUAAUAGUGGAAAGCCAGCGAUAUAUGCAUUACCGGACAGCAUACAUGCAGAGAAAUAUAGACAGCUAGCGAAUAAAGUGUUCAAAUAUAUAUCUAAUAAGGAUAAAGAAGAAGCGACUGCCACGAAGUAG